AUGUCUGAACAAGUUGAUACGUUCUUAGCAAUCACAGGUUCUUCAGAUGCCCAAGCUGCAGAAACAUUCCUAGAGAUGGGUGGUGGUGAUUUAGAAGCUGCAAUUGCAUUAUUUUUCGAACAUGGUCCUUCAAUUGCACAACAAUCAGGUGGCGGCGUUGCUUCUUCUUCUUCAAAUAAUUUCAAUAGUGCUAAUGAUGAAGAUGAUGCUGCUUUAGCUGAAAGAUUACAAAAUGAAGCAUACCAGAAUCAACAACAAAAUGAACCAAGAGCACCAGAUGCUGCGGUUCAUGAAAGAUUAGUUGGUGGUGAUGAUCAAUUUGGUGUUUUUCCAGGUACUUUUGGUGGGAUUGGUGGUUCAUUUAAUGGAUUAUUAAAUCAACAAAGAUCUUCAACACCAAAUAACUUCUUUGGUGGUGGAAGACCAGGGAUUUUCAAUCAAAGAGAUGAUUUAGAUUCAGAUGAAGAUGAUAGAGUUGUUGAAGUUGAUAGUGAUGGUGAAGAAAUUUCCACUGGGUUAAAUGAAACUCAAAGAAGGUUAGCAAGAAUAUUUCGUCCACCUUUUGAUUUGAUUGAAAAAAUAGAUUUAAAUAUGGCUAAACAAAAAGGUAGAGCUGAAAAAAGAUGGUUAAUGGUUAAUAUUCAAAAUAAUGGUGAAUUUCAAUGUCAAGUUUUAAAUAGAGAUUUUUGGUCAACUACAAGUAUAAAAAACAUUGUUAAAGAAAAUUUCAUUUUUUUACAAUAUCAACAUGAUUCAUCAAGUGGACAAGAUUAUUCAAAUUUUUAUCAUUUCCAAGAUUAUCCACAUAUUGCAAUUUUAGAUCCACUUACAGGUGAAAGAUUGAAAAUGUGGUCUGAAGUACCAUCAGUUAAUAGUUGGAUCCAGGAAGUUAAAGAAUUUUUGGAUCAAUUUUCAUUAGAUCCAGGUCAUAUAAAUCCAACUGUGGAACAUAAAAAGAAAGUUGAUCCUUCAACUUUAACUGAAGAACAACAAAUGGAAUUAGCAAUUCAACAAUCUUUAGGAAGUAAAAAUCCAGAUGAUAAAGAUGAUGUUAAGAUCUUAAACAGUGGUGAUCAAUCAGAUCCGAUAGAAUUAGAUGAUGACGAGGAAGAUGAACAAAAACCAAAAGAAUUAUCAGAUGAAGAUAAAUUCAAACAAAUAGAGGCAAUUGAUCAUCCAGAACCUGAAAAUAAUCCAACAACAACAACUCGUGUUCAAAUUCGUCUUGGUGAUGGUUCACGUCGUGUUCGUAGAUUUAAUACAGAUGAUAAAGUUAAAGUAAUAUAUGAAGUUUUAAAAGCAACAGUGGAUCAAGUUAAAGAAGGUCAAUUGUUUACUUUAACAAGUCAAAGGGAAAAUUUAUUUAAUAAAUUAGAUGAAACAAUUAAUGAUGCUGGAUUGAAAAAUGCUUCAAUUUUAUUAGAAUUAGUGGAUGAUCAAGCUGAAUAA